AUGUCACGUAACAUUAUUCGUAAAUCGGAUUAUGGUGCUCCACCAGCUAGGAUGUCAGCUGGAGCUCCUCCUAGUCUUCCAGUGCGACGAGCUUCCAAAGGUGGCUUCAGAAAUGUUCGUCUUACCAGCGCUGUUAGCCGCAAACGACGAUCUGAGGGUAAUCUGGAAACGGAGGAUUCGGAUUCGGAACAAGCAUCCACAGCCGAUGACCAAGAUGAGAUUGGAAGUGGUGAUGAUGUAAAAAAGGAAGAAGAACAGGAAGAGAAAAUCAAGAAAACUCCACGUAAAAAACGUAGAUUUAGGUUAACGGAUUCAAUUGCAAAGAGCAAAAGACGAGCUGAACGAAGAGCACAGUUAGCAGCCGAACGUAAAGAGCGUGAAGAAUCCAAGCAGCAGCAGGAGGACGAACUUAAUGAUGAAGUGAAAGAGCAUUCAUCGACACCGCCACCUCUUCCGAAAGCAUCAACGGUACUUACUUAUUCACCAAUGCAGCUUUUCUGCGAUAACUUGUUACGCAGAAUGAAAGCCAAAGAUCCGGAUGAAUAUUUUGCAUUUCCAGUAACACAAUCAAUGGCACCAGAUUAUCAUGAAAUAAUCAAAGAACCGAUGGAUUUUGCAACAAUUCGACAAAAAAUUGAUCGGGAUGAAUAUCCAGAUGUCGCAGCACUUAAGAAAGAUGCCGAACUGAUUGUUCAUAAUGCAAUGGAUUAUAAUUCACCUGGAACUGUAUAUCACAUAGCAGCUCAAAAAAUGGAUCAAAUUGUACAAUUUUAUUUUUCGGAAUCAUAUUUGCGCUAUCUUUUUCAUGCUCUUCCAUUUAGUAAGGAAAUUCCGCUGGAAAAGUUAGGUCUAACGUUGAAAACAAGGGCGCGGCCAAUACCAAAAGCGGAUUACAAAACUGCCGUUGUCGAUGAUGCAACUCCAUCAACCGUUUUGGAAACAGUAGAUCCAUCUUUGAAACAAAAAUUAUCCAGUCGUAUUCCCGAUCUCAGGGUUUUCCCUGCUGGUAAAGAAGAGGAUGGCGUGGAACCAAAAAGUCACCUCGCAUUUUUAGAUAACAAGGACGGUGCUAUUUGUUUGAAUGUUAUCAAUCCCAGUUCAUCUGAAAAAAAAAUUAUCACCCUAGGAGACAUUGUGGGUAAACUAGAAGAAGGUACACCAGGACUUUGCGCUCCACAAGAACAUAAGUCCAAUCAUCAGGUUCCAAUUUCUUAUGUUUCUUAUGGACCAUUCAGUUCUUUUGCACCGCAGUUUGAUUCUACGUGGGCAACACUUUGCGAACGGGAUUCCCGUUUGCUCUUGGGCACCUACGGCGAUAGAACUAAUGUAACAAACACAGUAUCUUUACGAGAAAUGGUUGAUAAUGCAGGUGAAUACAUGAUCAAAGUUGUCGACGAUUUGCUCGAUACUUUAACAAAUGGUGAGCACCGCAGGACUAUCAAGGCCGUGGAAGCUGACAUGGACAAAAGCAGUGUUUCUCAGUUCAAAAAUGAAAUGGAUAAAAUCGAUUUGAACAAAUUGUUAAGUGAUAUUGAGUCACUUGAAAAUAUUGGGGUUGAUGUUUCAUUCAUCAGUGACAUACGGAAAUUAUACAAAUUACAAAUGGUACCGGAAACUCAUCAGGCUACGUUGAGUAAAACUGGUGUAAUGAUCAGUGAUCUAGCAUUGCUGCAAAAAAAUCGACUUAAUUCGGUUCCACCAACAACCCUAACCGAUCAACCGCUACCUGGCAAUCACGAACUUAAUCUUGCCAGCAAAGUACAAGAAAAGCUGCACAGUCAAAUUGCGCAGUACGCUAAACCUGGAAAUGUUAUUUCACCACCUGUAAUUCAUAAUGCUGUAGGGUUAAAUGAAGAAGAUAUUGACCUACUGAAUGAAUUCUUCACUGCUGCACCGCCAACCACUGCGGUGUAG